AUGCUUGACCACUGUUCUAUAUCGCACAAGGGCGGCGUUGUUCUUUGGUCGCGUUCUUUUACUCCUGCAGCAUCACAUACCGCAGCAUCCUCCACCUCCCCCGUCAACUCCUUGGUCCGCGAGGCACUCAUAGAAGGCCGUAGCUCUGACGGAAAGUACGAGAAGGAUGGAUACGCCGUCAAGUGGACCUUCGUAAACGAUCUCGAGCUCAUCUUCGUCGUCGCGUACCAGCGUAUCCUGCAGCUCACAUACGUUGAGGACCUCCUUAACGCGCUCAAAACCCUCUUCGUCAAGCUGUUCCAGCCAUUCCUCACUACGUUCGUCGCGUCCCUCCACGUUACCAGAACCGCCAAGCUCUCGUCUUCUGCCGACACCUCGGCUUCGUGGAAUUUCGCGAAAGCGUUCGAGGGCUGGGACGGUGUCUUUGAUAAGCUGCUCCGCGGCCUCGAGGACAAGGCCGCUCAGGAAAGGCGUUCGCGCUCAGGGUAUGUCGCCCACUCCGCAGUGGAAGUCACGCCUCCGGAGGAAGAGCUCAGCACAGUGCCUUCGCAGUCGGGUGAUAAUGUCCUUGACGAGGAACAUAUAGCUCGUAACGUACAGGCGCUGAAGAACAGGCUCCGUGGUCGCGGCGGCCAGCCCGGCAGACGUGGGCGGGGUCGCGCGGAUGUCGGGAGCGGGCGAGAUAGUCUCCCCGGUUCAGACUCCGAGACCCAGUCCAAGUCAAAACGGAAAGCAAAGGCGAAGACGCAGCGUAAGUGGGGCGACGAGGCGCCGACAGAGUCCGACAUGGCGACCCUGGACUUCAGCUACGACAGCUCCACGUCUGACUCGCACGCGCCGCGUGUUGAUCUAUCCGCGCUCGUCGACAACGGCUCGCUCGGCACGCGUACCCAGGAUGGCAUGUACGAGGUUCGCGACUGGGAGUUCGCGCAAGGCGGGAAGAAUGCGGACGACGUGAUCGCGGAAGUGCUGAAGAAGGGUGGCCAGGAGCAGAAGCCUGCGUCGGGAUCGCUAGGCGCGCUGGGCUCUAUCUUUGCGCGCUUGACGGGCUCGAAGGUCCUAUCGGAAGAGGACUUGAAACCCGUGCUGGAGGCGAUGAAGCAGCAUCUCAUGAAAAAGAAUGUCGCGAAAGAGAUUUCGGACAAGAUUUGUGAAGACGUUGGCCAGAGCCUCGUGGGGAAGAAGGUCGGCGGCUUCCAGACGACUAGCUCGGCCGUACGGCAAGCGUUGGGGAAUUCCAUCACGCGUAUCCUUACGCCGAAGACCUCCACAGAUCUGCUGCUUUCAAUACGCACGAAGCUGUCCAGCCCGCUGCCGGCGUCCCAGCAGCGGCAGCCGUACAGUAUAACCUUCGUUGGCGUGAACGGUGUCGGGAAGAGUACGAAUCUGUCGAAAGUCUGCUUCUGGCUCAUCCAAAAUGGCUUCCGUGUCCUCAUCGCCGCCUGCGACACCUUCAGGAGCGGAGCCGUCGAACAGCUGCGUGUCCAUGUGCGCAAUCUCAGUAUGCUCGGCGUCGACGGCGCGACGAACAGCAAAGGCCGUGUCGAGCUGUACGAACGCGGGUACGGCAAGGACGCUGCCGGCAUUGCGAAAGAGGCUAUCAGUUACGCGCGCGACAACGAGUUCGACGUCGUGCUUAUCGACACCGCCGGGCGGAUGCAGGACAACGAACCGCUGAUGCGCGCUCUCGCGAAGCUCGUCGCGACGAACAAUCCAGACAAGAUCCUCUUCGUCGGCGAGGCGUUGGUGGGUAAUGAGGCCGUCGACCAGCUCACGAAGUUCGACCGCGCGCUGCGGGACUUCUCCGCCGCGUCGGGCGUGCAGGAGCGCGGGAUCGACGGCAUGGUCGUCACCAAGUGGGACACAGUUGACGACAAGGUCGGAGCUGCGCUGUCGAUGACAUACGUCACUGGGCAACCUAUCAUUUUCGUCGGAUGCGGCCAGACGUACACUGACCUCAGGCAACUACGCGUUGCGAAUGUCGUACAAGCUAUUCUGAGCGACUAGACGCCGACUGCCACACCCCAUUGGCUGCUAUGAAGACCCAAGACAUAGUGCUGCAAUCUUCGCACUCGGUCUGUACAUGUGCUCGUUCUCGCGGUUGGAUAGAUGUCGUAGAUGCGCAAUCACGACUCGCCCGUUCUAUCAUUAUUUUCC